GAACGGAUGGUGUGAAGGUAGCGUUAGAGAGGGGGAGGGGGGAAGGGGGCGGCGGAGGAGAAAACAAACCGUUACCCCGCCCGCUCUCCCAACCUCGGCGCCCUGACCGCCGCCGGCCAACUGCGUCCGGGGACACUUCACUCAAACCAUGACCGGCAGCAAGAGGCAGAAACCGCCCUCUAAGUGCUUUAGAAAGGGGGUAGAAAGGGCGCACUCUUUGGCGGUGGGAGCAAGGAGACGGUGACGCGGGGCGGGGGUGCUGCGGCGCUAUAUAAGGCGCUGUGGCCGGCGGCGCACAGUCGGUUGGUCGGCGGCCGGGACAGCGAGGGGAGGCGCUGGCGGGCGGACAGACAGCGGGGGCCGGCGGCAGAUCGAGCAAGCAAGCGAUCGGAGGAAACCUCCCGCUUGCCGAACAAAAGAAUCCAUUAAAACAAACAAAAAUGCUGCCAGAUCUCCAAAGCGAGAAAAGAGAUUGCUCUACGUCGGUCUGAUUUCCUGCCAUAGGCACAUCCCCACAUACACAGCACACGCAUAUAUAUAUUUAUAUAUAUAUAUUAACGCUAAGUAUGCGCAGCAGUCGAGCGCCAGUGGAAUGGGAUUAUGGUGGCAGGGCCGCCGCUGCUCCUCCUUCACAGCUGCUGCCGCUCGGGCUUUGCCGUGCCGCUUGUUUCAUGAGGGAGCACCAAACACUGCCACCAGCAGCAGCGUCAGUCACCACUUCUCUCUCCUCCUCCUUCUUUUCCUCUUAGCCCCUCGGCAGUGCCGGCUAUGGAGGUAGUGGGGGAUUUCGAGUACAACAGGAAAGAUCUCAUAGGACACGGAGCCUUCGCUGUGGUCUUUAAAGGCCGCCACAGGAAGAAAUUGGAUUGGGAAGUAGCCGUGAAAUGUAUAAACAAGAAAAAUUUGUCAAAAUCGCAAAUCUUGCUGGGUAAAGAAAUAAAGAUAUUAAAGGAGCUUCAACAUGAAAACAUCGUUGCACUUUAUGAUGUUCAGGAGACUCCAAACUCUGUUCAUUUGGUGAUGGAGUACUGCAAUGGUGGUGACCUGGCAGAUUAUCUGCAAGUCAAAGGAACACUUAGUGAAGACACCAUUAGAAUCUUCCUCCAGCAGAUUGCAGCUGCUAUGCGAAUACUUCACAACAAGGGAAUAAUCCAUCGCGAUUUGAAACCACAGAAUAUUCUACUUUCUUACAUUAACCGGAAAAAAUCUAAUUUGAAUGGCAUUCGUGUCAAAAUAGCUGAUUUUGGCUUUGCCCGGUAUUUGCAGAGUAACAUGAUGGCUGCCACUCUCUGUGGUUCACCCAUGUACAUGGCACCUGAGGUUAUCAUGUCACAGCACUACGAUGCCAAGGCAGACCUCUGGAGUAUAGGCACUGUGGUAUUUCAGUGUCUUGUUGGCAAGCCUCCUUUCCAGGCAAACAGCCCACAGGAUUUAAGGCUCUUCUAUGAGAAGAACAAGAGUCUAGUCCCCAACAUCCCCAGUGAAACUUCUGCUCAGCUGGGUGGGCUACUACUCAGUUUGCUUCAGAGAAACCAGAAGGACAGAAUGGAUUUUGAAAUGUUCUUUAACCAUCCUUUCAUGGAUCAGGCAUCAUCGGUGAAAAAAUCGUGUCCUGUCCCUGUUCCUGUGCCCACGUGCCCUGGUUCCGUGUCUGGUAGUUCUUGUGGCAGCUCUCCAUCUUGUCAUUUUGCCUCUCCUCCAUCAUUACCUGACAUGCAACGGAUACAGGAGGACACUUUGUCUUCCCCACCUUUGGGUCCUCCGAACUAUCUGCAGGUUUCCAAAGAUUCUGCAAGUAGUGGCAGCAAGAACUCUUCGUGUGACACGGAUGACUUUGUUCUUGUUCCACAUAGCAUCUCUUCUGAUCAGUCAUAUGACAUGCCAUUGGGAACGGUGGGCAGACGAGCUUCCAGUGAAUUUUUGAUGUGUGGCGGGCAGUCACCUUUAACCUCUUCAGGGGGCUCAGUAGCACUGCAGAGACCUUCCUCAGCCUCAUCCAGGUCCAGCUCUUCUAGCUCAGCCAACAGGCAGUGCCCACCUCCAGUGUCUCCCCGUACUGAGUCAGCUCCAAUUCCUGUCCCUACUCAGAUCAGAAACUACCAGCGGAUUGAGCAGAACCUGCAUGUCAUUUCCAGCCACAACGCUAACCCCUAUGGAUCACCCAGGUCGGGAAUGGUAAAGAGAUCUAACACAAGCCCAAUGGGUUUCAUGAAGCCAACAGGAGGGUCACCAGCCGCAGCUGAUGCACCACAAAACCCCAAUCGGAGACUCUCCACUGGAUCGUCCAGGCCCUAUUCCCCUUCACCAUUAGUUGGCACCAUCCCUGAACAGCUAAGCCACUGCUGCUGUGGUCUGCCCCAGGGACACGAAUCAAGAUCCAGAACACCAACAGGUUCACCAUCUCCUCAAUCACACUUACUGGGUGCAAGACUCCAAAGUGCCCCAACUCUUACUGAUAUCUACCAGAGCAAACAAAAACUCCGUAAGCAGCACUCGGAGCCAGUCUAUCCUCCGUCUGCAGGGUAUGGCUGUAGCCAUUCUCCACAGCCUGGUAGACCAGUCAGCCUCGGCACCUCCCCAACAAAACACAUGGGAACAUCUCCGCGGAGUUCUGACUGGCUGCAUAAAACUCCCUUGCCCACUAUCAUUGGAUCGCCAACAAAGACUACUGCUCCACUCAAGCUACCUAAAACUCAAGCGUCUUCCAAUUUGCUUGCCUUGGCUGCACAGCAAGAAUUAACUGAGAGUCCACCAAUACAGUCGAAAGCCAUGCUGGAGGCCAGAGAGUUCUGCAUCUGUCACCCACAAGCAAGUUCUAAACGUACAGCUUCUGAGGAGAACAAAACUACUUUUGGCAGAUCUGUAAGUACUGGAAAAUUAUCUGAUCAAGUGACAAAGACCACAUUUGGAGGCCAUACCUAUCAGGGCAGCAACGACAGUCUGAAUACCGAGCGUCCAAUGGAUAUAGCUCCUGCAGGCGCUUGUGGUCUGACAAUGGGUUCCCCUGCCAUGGUGAUAGGAGUGAGCCCGAGGACUGUGGUGUUCACUGUAGGCUCACCACCAAGUAGUGUCACCCCUCCCCAUAGCAGCCACAUGGUCACCAGAGCAAGGACAAUGUCAGUUGGCUCGGGCAGCCCGCUGGGAUCUCUGUGCUCUAACAGUGGGCGGAUUUACAUGGGUUCCCCGCCAGGUGGUUCCAUGGGUACCUCACCUCCUGGAGUAGAGGGUCCCUCCAGUCUGAAGUACAUGACGUUUGGUACCUCGCCUCCCAGUUUGGAAGGAUUUAUCACAUUUGAAGCUCCAGAGCUCCCAGAAGAGACUUUAAUGGAGAGAGAGCAUACGGAUACCUUGCGCCACCUGAAUACGAUGCUGACAUUUGCAGAAUGCAUUAUGGACAUUGCAGCAUUGAAAGGAGGCAGCUUGGAGCUGGGGACCUCAGCUGCCUCUCUGUACCAAGUCCAGGAGAGCAUAGUGGUUGACCAGAUCAGCCGGCUCAGCAAGGAGUGGGGACAAGUGGAGCAGCUUGUGUUGUACAUGAAAGGAGCACAACUGUUGGCAUCGUCUUUGCACCUUGCCAAAGACCGGGUUAAAUCUGGCAAGCUGAACCCAUCUACAGCAGUCAAACAAGUUGUUAAAAAUCUGAAUGAGCGUUACAAGUGUUGCAUCUCAUUUUGCAAGAAACUCACGGAGAAGCUGAAUCAUUUCUUCUCCGAUAAGCAGAGGUUUGUGGAUGAAAUCAACAGUGUUACUGCGGAGAAACUGAUCUAUAGCUACGCUGUGGAAAUGGUGCAGUCAGCAGCAUUGGAUGAAAUGUUUCAGCAAACGGAAGACAUCACGUACCGGUACCACAAAGCAGCCUUGCUGCUGGAAGGCUUGACGAAGACACUACAAGAUCCUGCUGACAUUGAUAACAUUCUCAAAUACAAAACCAGUAUUGAGCGCAGACUGUCGGUGCUAUGUCACGGCACGGUGGCUUUGUAUGAUAACUAGCCUUCUGAAAUGGACCACACGCAUCAAUGCAGGGACCACCACCACCUCUCCUCAGAUCUUUGGAGUUGCCUUUAUCCCCCAACCCCUCUCCCUCCCACCCAACCCCACCAUUUGGAGAACGGUUCAUGCUGGGUUUAUUUAAUUCUCCGGAGCCUCUGCCAAUCCACCAGGUGAAGAAGGAUUGACUUUUGUUUUAGAAGAGUUACCAAAGAGGAGUUCUUGUUUCAAGAGAAAGGAAAUUUACCUACAAAUACAGAUUAAUACUUCUGGGGAAAACCCUCUCAGCAAUGUAGCAUAUUCUUUCAUUUCAGUUUUCCUCAAAGAGGCAAAGUGUGAGGCAGUUACUGGGUCCGGCUUCCAAAGCCACUCACGGCCGGAAUGUGUUAACGCAAGCACGGGAGUAAAACUGAAGCCUCUGCUUUCGUCACGGAACUCAUGGGGUACUUGGAAACGUGCACUCACAAAGGAACUCCGCGCCCUGUCUGAUCAGCUUGUGGUGGCUCACCCAGAGUGGCUGGUUCACGGUGACCGGUUGUGUUUCUGUCAGAGAAACCUUUUACCUUUUUUUAUAAGCGACACUUACGGUGUGUGAUAAGCAAACAAAUGCUACUUGCAGAGUUUGUACCUUUUACCUGGGUCCCUGCACAGCCAUUCGGAGGCAUGCUUUGUCUUGUAUCCUCUGAUGCCCCAUCAAAUGCAUAUCAACCCGCAGAAACCAGUCAAGGAGAAGAUGAGCACUUUAUGUGAAUAUGAAUUUGGCAGCAGAGAGAUGGAGUGCCCCUCCCCACCAAGUAAACCAGCAGGCAAACUGGGUGCUGCAGUGGAUGGACAACGCCUGGGGAUUUUCUUGUUUUUAUUUUUUGUGUGUGUGGCUCCCUACGUUUCUUGAAAUGGUGAAGACUUUGCUCCAUCUGACAACCACUUCUGAUUGCACUACUACAGACCUUUGAGCAUCCUUCAUUACGUUACGCCGAACUCCUCAUAAAAUGGAGCACCUUAAACGCUGCAUGGAAGGAAUGGGGAAAAAAGUAAUGAAGAACAGUAAUGGAAAAAAAAGUAAACUCUCCCAGCAGUAUGAGCUCCAUUACAUUCGACAAAGGACAUUUUAAUGUUUGUUUUGAAGCUAAAGGCACAGAGUGCUUGACACUUCAACUCAAAAGACUGCAAAAAAAAUAGCCUGUAUUAUUACAAGCCUUUCCAUUUUUUUUACAUAUUAAAUACUUGAGUAGUUCAUAUAGUGCAACUAUCUGUAUAUAAUGAAACUAGUUCUUUUUUUCCCUCUUAGCCAGUGAUUGCUGACUUUUAAAUGCUAUUUUUGGGCUGGCUUUAUGUUGUGCAUGUGAUAAGUGUGACUGUGCCACUGGGCCUAUUAACAUUACUAAUAAUGCUGUUCCUGCAAACAGUAUUAUGUUGAUAAAGCAAUGUUCCUGUAGGUUGAGAACCCAUUGUACAGACUAAUGUAACACUUGAUAUUUUUCAGGGGUGGAAAAAAGUUUUGGGAUUCUGGUAACCAAACAAGCACAAUUGUUUCUUUCUAUUUUGUGUGAUUAGAGUGAAUGAGGUGAGGUUAAGAGUGUACUGUGCAGACUGGUGGAGGAUUAUGGCUAACUAAUAUAACUCACACGGUGGAGGCAUUCAGAGAGUAGUUGACUGUCUAUUUUAGUUCUUUUCAAUACUUAAAAAGUAGCUGGUAAGUUAGAAAGGAAUCGACAUUUAAAAUAAGCCUGCAUUGUACGGUACUUGGGAACGGGAAGUGACUAGCUGCUCUGUCCCUUCACCUCCAGUGUAUGAGCUCUUGCUCCCUUUUGAAAGGAAUUGCAUGCUUUUGGUGAUUUGUACAUCAUUGUUUAACUGCCCAACAGAUCCGGCCAGAAGUGGCAUUCACGGACCUAACAAUUCCCGUGGCAUUCUCUUCCAGAGUUGUUCAAUAUUUUUUCCACCCUUCAGCAGUUAUUUAGUUGUCCAUUUUUUUAAAAAAACUGUUUCUCAGCUGCUCAAGUACUUGAAUAUUAAACAUUAACAAUCAUGUUUAAUCUCCCAGCGACGGUGUGUUGGAAAUAUUUUCACUGUAGCAAUUUGGCUUGUUUAUGAAGCGUGUCACCAGUUUAAUUUUUCUCCCCCUCACUUUGUUUUAUGAAAAGAAACUAAUGUGUACAUUUAUUUAUCUGUAAACGAUUCCAUUAAUUUUGAAGACUUUUUAUUUAUAAAAUAUUUGUACUAUUAGAUCUUUAAUAGUGUUUCUACCUCUCAUUGUGUAUAAUGGCAUGCAUACUCUUUAAGAAAUCAGGUUGCAGACACAUUCAUUUGUUAUUUAGCAGCCUUUUUAAUAUGGCCUGUAUAGAUGUACAUUAAGAAGCCGGAAAUAAAAUUGUCCUGGAAUAAUAAUAGAAA